AGGCGCUGAGGGGAGAGGCGCCGCUGCCAGCGCUGCCGCUGCGACCCGUUAGAGCGGAAGCGCUGCCGCCGCCUCAGCCCCAGCCGCCUUCGCUGUCCUGGGGUCCCUGGGUCCCGGCAGGUGGAGGCCGGAGCCAUGUCGAAGCGGCUCCGGAGCAGCGACGUGUGUGCUGACUGCAGUGGGCCGGAUCCUUCCUGGGCAUCAGUAAAUAGGGGAACUUUUAUAUGUGACGAGUGUUGCAGCGUCCAUCGGAGUCUGGGGCGUCAUAUCUCCCAAGUAAGACACCUUAAACACACACCAUGGCCUCCAACACUGCUUCAGAUGGUUGAGACCUUGUAUAACAAUGGUGCUAACUCUAUAUGGGAGCAUUCUUUGCUGGACCCUGCUUCUAUUAUGAGUGGAAGACGUAAAGCUAAUCCACAGGAUAAAGUACAUCCCAAUAAAGCAGAAUUCAUCAGAGCCAAGUAUCAGAUGUUAGCGUUUGUCCACCGCUUGCCCUGCCGUGAUGACGAUAGCGUGACUGCCAAAGACCUUAGUAAGCAACUUCAUUCAAGCGUGAGAACAGGGAAUCUUGAAACCUGUCUGAGACUGUUAUCUUUAGGAGCCCAGGCCAACUUCUUUCAUCCCGAAAAAGGAAACACCCCACUCCAUGUCGCCUCAAAAGCCGGACAGAUUUUACAAGCUGAGUUACUGGCAGUAUAUGGCGCUGACCCAGGCACCCAGGAUUCUAGUGGGAAAACUCCUGUUGAUUAUGCAAGGCAAGGAGGGCAUCACGAACUGGCAGAGCGCCUUGUAGAAAUACAGUAUGAGCUGACUGACAGACUGGCCUUCUAUCUCUGUGGCAGGAAACCAGAUCACAAAAAUGGACAGCACUUUAUAAUACCUCAAAUGGCAGAUAGCAGCCUGGAUUUGUCUGAAUUGGCAAAAGCUGCUAAGAAGAAACUUCAAUCUCUAAAUAAUCAUUUGUUUGAAGAACUUGCCAUGGAUGUGUAUGAUGAAGUUGACAGGCGAGAGACUGAUGCAGUCUGGCUUGCCACGCAAAACCACAGCACCCUGGUAACUGAGACAACCGUCGUCCCCUUUCUUCCGGUCAAUCCUGAGUACUCAUCAACACGCAAUCAGGGCAGACAGAAAUUAGCUCGAUUUAAUGCCCAUGAGUUUGCUACGCUGGUCAUUGACAUCCUCAGCGAUGCCAAGAGGAGACAGCAGGGCAGUCCUCUCUCCAGUUCAAAAGACAAUGUGGAGCUCAUACUGAAAACAAUCAAUAACCAGCACAGUAUUGAGAGUCAAGAUAAUGACCAGCCAGACUAUGACAGUGUGGCGUCUGAUGAAGACACAGAUUUGGAGACCACAGCAAGCAAGGCAAACAGACAGAAGAGCCUAGAUUCAGAUUUAUCAGAUGGACCAGUCACUGUGCAGGAAUUUAUGGAGGUCAAAAACGCCCUAGUGGCUUCUGAGGCCAAGAUACAACAGCUAAUGAAGGUGAAUAACAACUUGAGUGACGAGCUGAGAAUUAUGCAGAAAAAGCUUCAAACACUCCAGAGUGAGAAUUCGAGCCUCAGGAAACAGGCCACAACCAAUGUUUAUCAGGUGCAGACUGGUUCUGAGUACCCAGACUCUUCCAACCACUCUUCCUUAAAGCGACGUCCGUCUGCCCGGGGCAGUAGGCCCAUGUCCAUGUAUGAGACGGGAUCAGGUCAGAAACCGUAUCUCCCAAUAGGAGAAGCAAACCACCCUGAGGAAAGCAGGACAAGACUCCAGCCCUUUCCUGCACAUAUUGGGAGGAGUGCGCUUGUGACCUCCUCUUCGUCUCUGCCUUCCUUCCCCUCCACACUUUCCUGGUCGAGGGACGAGAGCGCCCGAAGGGCUUCCAGGCUGGAGAAGCAGAACAGCACACCCGAGAGUGACUAUGACAACACUCCCAAUGACAUGGAGCCAGAGGACAAGGGGUCAAGCCGGAAAGGAAGGCAACGGAGUAUGGUAUGGCAGGGUGAUUGCUCAUUACCAGACUUGGCAGAACCCCAUAUAAGCCCCAUGCUCCCCAGCACUGAAGACGUCAUCCGGAAGACUGAACAGAUCACCAAAAACAUACAGGAGCUUCUAAGAGCAGCCCAGGAAAACAAGCAUGACAGCUAUUCUCCAUGCUCCGAGAGGAUACACGGCGCCGUUACAGAAAUGGCUGUCUUGUUCCCCAAAAAACCCAAAUCUGACAUGGUGAGGACUUCCCUUCGUUUACUGACAUCGAGUGCUUACCGGCUCCAGUCAGAGUGCAAGAAGGCCCUCCCUGGGGACUCUGGCUCACCCACAGACGUGCAGCUGGUCACCCAGCAGGUCAUCCAGUGUGCGUAUGACAUUGCCAAGGCAGCCAAACAGCUGGUCACCAUCACCACCAAAGAGAACAACAACUGAACACUGGGGUGCUGUCUCUUCUAUAUUCUGGGCUUUUUUAAGUCUGACUUCAGAUUUCAACAUGGGACUACAGAUUUUUACAAGAACAAGCAUUUAAUGACAAUUUAAGAAAACUUUUUAAAAGAAAACUCAGUAUUAUUUUUGCAUGUUUUCUAACAAAUUUUCAACUAUUAAUUUAACCCACUUGCCUUAUUUUGUGCCUGUUUGCCAGUUUAGUUCUUGGAGUUGUGUUGUCAGCAAGUGUUGAGAUCAUGAGCAUAUACAUUCAGAAGUAGUUCCAUUGCUCAGAGUUUGUUAAACUCUUCCAUCCCUUAAGACUCCCAGCCUAUGUGUAAAACUAUAAGUGGGAUUUUUACUAAAACAUUUUCUUGACAGAGUUGGAUUUUUAAAAAAAAUCAACAUUAUCUUUUCUCUAACAAGCAUUGUGCAAUAAGUGAAUUUUCCAACCUACUGCAAAAUCUCUUAAGUUUGGGGUAUCUCCAAGCAUGUAGAGAAAGAACUUUGCCACUUUCUAAAAAUAGUGUAACAACCUCUUGAGAGGAAAUAAGGAAUUGUUCCAUUUUGUAUCAUGUUAAGUGUGCUAUUAUUUAACUUUUUUUAGUUUUUCUAUCUAUUCAUAUUUUACCCUUUUCUUGAACUUUCCCCUAGAGUCUGAUAAAGUUUUUGUCACAUCAUGUCCCAUUUGACCAUGUUCAUGGCAGGAUCAUAACCCAUCUAUCAUCCACUGUCAAGGAUUCUGCCCACUGUCUGCCCCACACCAGACAGUUCCUUCCGUCUGUCCAUAGCAGAUCUUCACCACCCAUUCAUUCACAUACCACUCACUGCCACAAGCUGACAUUGUAUUGUACCUUUCAUCCCCAAACCACUUCUGGCUUCCUCACAUGAGCUGCUUUUGCAUGUCUCCUCAUCUGUAAGGACCUCUUCCAAGGUAAGAGAUAGUCAUCUAAGUUUAUCUAACUUUAUCUCCUUCCUCUUCGCCUCCCCCCUAUACCUUGCUGGUACUUAGAAAUUAGACAUCAACUUUCAAGAAUUCCCGGGUUAGGAAUGGCCUAAUGGUAAAGUAUGUGUGUAGCACGCAUAAAGCCCUGGGUUCCAUCCCCAACACUGCAGGGGGGAAAAUGUUUAAGAGUGACUAAACUAUGAAAGAGUGGAGGUUGACAUCUAAACUGUGUGCAGACUUCUUUAAUUUAGCCAAAGGCCCUUUCUUGUUCUGGAUGUUAAGGCACAUUCCUGUCCCUGCUUAUUGUAGUAAUUUUGUGUAGCUGUAGCUCAGACCUGGUUGACCAGAUAAUGUGCAUAAAUAAAGCAAGCCAGGCACAUAGCACAGGCACAGAAAGCAGAACAGCAGCUCCCCCACUUCUUUCAUUGCUGGUAGAAAAUUGGGUUUGGGGUUACCAGUGCUUUGUUUUUGUUCUGUUAUGUCUUGUUUUUUUUUUUUUUCUUCAAAUGACAGCAGAAAUCUGGACACUGGUGCUAUCCCUCUAGUUAGAAAUGUUGGCAGCAUUCUAGACGUGGUCACAGAACAGGCACAGUGAGCCGUGGCCUGUGGGCCUCACAGCCUCUGUUGGGGAACUGCAUAAGCUGGUCAACACCAGGGCCUGGCCACACUAGGAGUAGUCUCUGAGCCAGACUUGGCUGUGAAAUUACUGUCUGCUCUCUCUUUACCCAUAGACUCUUGUCAUUUGUGAAGAAAUACAAGUCACCUCACUGUGUGCUGAUCAGCAUCUUUUCACAAAACUGACUUGUAAACACUUGUAUAGCUUGACCGAAUGCUGUUGUGAAAGUAGCACCAUUGUGGUGUCGAGUUUACUGAGUUGUAGUGUGUGGAUGCUCCUGCCAGGUCUGCUACACGGGGAUGUAGCACGGGAAAGGUCCCACACCCCCUGAAGUCUCCACUUACCUAUCCUCACAGCCCCAAGUGCCGCAUUACUCCUAGAUGCCUUUUAGAAGGUUGUCCUACCUUAAGUGCAAGCACUGUCUGAUAACCUUUUCUGCAUGUUUCAUAAACCUGCUUUCCUUUCCGUCAGGCUCCACGGGGUUCCUGGGAAAAGCCCAGUGGCAAUCCUGGCUUCUUGGGGAGGUAGAAGCUUCUGGGAAAAGGUAAAGCAGUCUUCCCUUGAAUACUCUAGCACCUGCCACAGUAUGUUGUCAUUGUGCCCUGAGAGAAUGUCAAAGAACAUAGGGAUUGGCAAAGUUUCCAACAUGCGAAUACCGGUUUUCUUAGUUAACUCACAGGUCCAAACCUCAAGCAGAAGUUCCUGUGUGAAGUGACAAGCAGUGGCAGGAAGGCCAUGAGUCUUUUGGGUCCUGCUCCUGCAUAAUUCUGUAGCAUCUUCUCAGGCCGGAACUCAGAGCUUGUCUGAACAGGGAUUCCAUAGCCUUGCAUGAGUCAGCUCUAGAUCCUGUCAGAUGGUUUUUUAACCCUUUAUUGAUUUUCCAUCCCUGCCACAUGCCUUGCUCUCUCAAAGCUGAUAAGACAGAGGUGCACUUUAUGAACUGAUACUGGGCCCCACGCUCCUUUCACCCAAACCAUCUUCCACAUCGGAAUACAGAUAGUUCUUAAUUGCCAAAGAACAGUGGAUUGGGCCCAAAGAUUAAGUAUAGUAUUUUAUGCAAUUGGAACUGUAAACGCACAAGUCAGCAGCUGCUACUCAUUUCCCCAAGCAGCUUCAGUUACAGAACCGAGUGGAACUACCAUAUUUUCAUCCUGACAACAGUCUGAUUUUUCUUCCUUCCACGUCCUGGUUAAAGGCAAUCCUUGUUCUUACAAAAGAAAAUGCUGCAUAGGAAAAUUGAGAUGCCUUUUAUUCAAAUGUGUUUAUCCAUGUCACUCAUUAUUCUGUAUGUAUCUCUCAUUUUUAUUGUACAUCCUAUUCCUGUAACUAUUGUACCCUCCUGUGUUGUAAAAUCGUUUUGGAAUUUAUGCCUCCUAGUUAUGCAAUAAACAGGCUCUGUAAGUGUCA